AUGUCCCUCCGCGCCGCCAUCCUCAUCGUCUCUGAAACAGCCAGCAAAGACCCCACCACAGACAAAGGCAUUCCCGCUCUCCAGGAGGUAUUUGCCUCCGCUACCGGAAAAGGCGGAGGAGACCAGCCGCAGCAACAACAAUGGAUCGUUCAAGAUACCAAGAUUGUGCCCGAUGAUAUAGAGAAAAUUAAGCGCGCGAUUCUGCAAUGGACGGAUGAGUCUGCUGGAGAGGAUGAUUGCGUGAAUUUGGUUGUGACGAGUGGUGGGACCGGGUUUGCGAGGGGGGAUGUUACUCCUGAGGCAGUGACGCCGCUCAUACAUAAACAUGCCUCUGGUCUUGUGCAUACCAUGCUGGCUACUUCGCUCGCCAUCACUCCUUUCGCCUCCAUGGCUCGCCCAGUAGCGGGAGUUCGAAACAAGACAUUGAUCCUGACCCUCCCGGGAUCACCAAAAGGCGCCAAGGAGAACCUAGAAGCUGUGCUCAAGUUGUUGCCCCAUGCAUGCCAACAGGCAGCUGGAGCUGACUCCAGAACUCUACAUCUUGGCGGAGUCAAGAAACUCGAGAAAGAUGCUGGUGUGAACGUCGCAGCUGCGAAAUCCUCUGCCCAUGGCCAUCACCAUGACCAUCACCAUGGGCAUCAUCACGGGCAUCAUCACGGGCCCAGAGCGCACACAAAACCAGAAGACCGACCGAUUUCUAAUGACCCGACUGCAGGUGCAUCUCGCAGGUAUCGAGAGUCCCCAUACCCUAUGCUGCCAGUUCCUGAAGCACUCGCUCACAUCUCAACCCACACUCCCUCUCCGAAAAUCAUCAAAGCCACCGUCGACGAAUCACUCAUUGGCUCCGUCUUGGCUGAGGAUGUCACGGCGUCUGAGUCAGUUCCUGCAUUUCGUGCAAGCAUAGUCGACGGCUAUGCCAUUGUGGCCUCUGACCAUCCCCUUGUCCCCUCCACCAAAGGACUCUUUCCUGUCGUUGGCAUUUCACAUGCCCAGGCAGGAAAGGAGCCCAUACCAGAACUUCGCACCGGCGAAGUGGCUCGUAUAACCACAGGAGCACCCCUGCCACCCGGUGCCACAGCCGUGGUGAUGGUUGAAGAUACCAUUCUACGCAGCAUGACCGAAGAUGGAAAAGAAGAAGCCGAAAUCGAAAUCCUCACAGAUGCCAUCAAACCAGGCGAAAACGUCCGAGAACCGGGCUCAGACGUACAAGCCGGCACAACUAUCCUCCGACGAGGUGAAGGCAUCACAGCUAUAGGUGGCGAAUUCGGGCUCCUAGCUUCAGUCGGCACACAAGAAGUCUCAAUCUAUACUCGACCCAUAGUCGGUGUCUUGAGCACCGGCGACGAGAUCAUUCCCCACAACACCGCCCGCCCACUCCAGCUCGGCGAAGUCCGCGAUACCAACCGACCGACCCUCCUGACCGCAAUCCGUGGCCAAGGCUACUCCGCCGUCGACCUCGGAAUCGCCUCAGACCAACCUGGCGCACUCGAAGAAUCUCUUCGCUCUGCCAUGCGAAAAUGCGAUGUCAUCAUCACCUCCGGAGGCGUGAGUAUGGGUGAACUCGACUUGUUGAAACCUACCAUCGAAAGAAAACUAGGCGGAACUAUACAUUUUGGUCGUGUGGAAAUGAAACCGGGAAAACCGACGACAUUUGCAACCAUACCAUUCAAGUCUUCUACGGGAGACGAUGAGAAGAGAGUGAUAUUCUCUCUCCCAGGCAAUCCGGCAUCGGCGAUCGUGACGUUCCAUCUUUUUGUUCUGCCCGCGCUGCAGAAGCUGUCUGGAAUGGAACCUGCUAAUGGCUUACCGGUGGUCAGAGUGGUAUUGGAACAGGAUGUGAAAGCUGAUCCGAAGAGGGCGGAAUAUCAUCGCGUCGUGGUUGUGGCGAAGAGGGAUGGAGCGUUGCAUGCAACAAGUACGGGUUUUCAGAGGAGUUCGGCAAUUGGGUCUUUCAGAGGUGCGAAUGCUUUGCUACGGUUGCCAACCAUUGAGGGGGUGUUGAAGAAGGGGGAGAUGUGUGAUGCUCUGUUGAUGGGGCGUAUUGGGAGCGAGAGUGUAUGAGUGAAUGAAUGGCAGUCACUCGAGGGGAAUAAGCAACAUCCAUUCACAGAACAGAAGAAAUAUAGACGUGUAGUCUGUGAUACGAAUCUGGCUAGGAG